UUUAAUUAUUUGAAUCAAAGUUUUCAAUAGGAAUGGCUCUGUUUUCACAUUCCAAGUUCUUGUUUCUCUCUUUGUCUAUCACUCUCUUCAUAUGCUCUACUCUAGCUCAUGACUUUUCCAUUGUGGGUUAUUCACCUGAUCAAUUGACUUCCAUGGAUAAGCUCGUUGAACUUUUUGAGUCAUGGAUGUCAAAACAUGGGAAAACUUAUAAAUGCAUUGAAGAGAAGCUGCAUAGAUUUGAGAUAUUCAAAGACAACUUGAAGCACAUUGAUCAGAGGAACAAAGAAGUUACUAGCUACUGGCUUGGUUUGAAUGAGUUUGCUGACCUGAGCCAUGAAGAGUUCAAGAAUAAGUACUUGGGAUUGAAACCUGAAUUCCCCAUAAGGCGACAGUCUUCCAGUGACUUUAGCUAUAGAGACGUCGCGGCUUUGCCCAAAUCUGUUGAUUGGAGAGAGAAAGGAGCUGUUACUGAGGUUAAGAACCAAGGUUCAUGUGGAAGUUGUUGGGCAUUUUCAACAGUUGCAGCUGUAGAGGGCAUAAACCAGAUAGUCACAAGAAAUCUAACUUCAUUGUCAGAACAAGAGUUGAUUGACUGCGACACAAGCUUCAACAAUGGUUGCAAUGGAGGUCUGAUGGACUAUGCAUUCGAGUUUAUAGUCUCCAACGGUGGACUCCAUAAGGAAGAAGACUAUCCUUAUCUCAUGGAAGAAGGCACUUGCGAGGAAAAGAAGGAAGAGAUGGAGGUAGUGACAAUUAGCGGUUACAGAGAUGUGCCAGAAAAUGAUGAACAGAGUCUUUUGAAAGCACUGGCUCACCAACCUCUAAGUGUAGCCAUUGAGGCAUCUGGCAGAGAUUUCCAGCUUUACAGUGGGGGGGUAUUCAGUGGUCCUUGUGGAACUGAAUUAGAUCAUGGAGUAGCUGCAGUUGGUUAUGGAUCAUCAAACGGGGCAGCUUAUAUAAUUGUGAAGAACUCAUGGGGACCCAAAUGGGGAGAGAGAGGAUACAUCAGGAUGAAGAGAAACACAGGAAAACCUGAAGGACUCUGUGGUAUCAACAAAAUGGCUUCAUAUCCCACCAAAAAGAACUGAAGUGACCAACUGGGUUUUUCUUCCCAUGAACAUUUAUUUUCCAUUUAUUUUCUGGUUAUUUUUCUUCUUGAAUCAACUAAAGUUGUCUGUUCCUACUUGCUAUUUUCAAUAAUAAAUAUUAUGGCUUAACAUU